CGUCCUCCCUCCCUCGCUGCGAGCAUCUCCGCGCUCAGCCCGGAGGUGAUACAGGCGCAGCAGCAUCCAUGGCCUGCCCCUAGCCCCGGCGCUCCUUCCUCCUCAUCCUCCUCCUCCUCCUCCUCGCGCUCCCCGCGCCGGGCCGGGCGUUGCUGAGCGGGACCCGCACUCUCCUGCGUUUUUCCAGGCUCCUCGGAAACUGAGGAAUGCAAUUCUGCCACCAUGAUGGAAGGACUGAAGAAGCGCACCAGGAAGGCCUUUGGCAUACGCAGGAAAGAGAAGGACACUGACUCCACAGGGUCACCAGACAGGGAUGGCAUCAAGAAAACCAACGGAGCCCCAAAUGGAUUUUAUGCAGAGAUCGACUGGGACAGAUAUAACUCCCCUGAGCUGGAUGAGGAGGGAUACAGCAUCCGACCCGAGGAACCAGGAUCUACCAAAGGAAAGCACUUCUACUCCUCCAGCGAGUCGGAGGAGGAGGAGGAGGCGCACAAGAAAUUCAACAUCAAGAUCAAGCCCCUGCAGGCCAAGGAUGUCCUGCGCAGCGCCGCCACCGUGGACGAGCUCAAGGCCUCCAUCGGCAACAUUGCACUUUCUCCAUCCCCCGUGAGGAAAAGUCCGCGGCGCAGCCCGGGCACGAUUAAAAGGAAUUUAUCCAGUGAGGAGAUCACGCGGCCCCGGCGCUCCACACCCACGCCAGACCCUGCCAGCAAGAAGGCCGGGGAGGAUCCAGCAGCGCUGGCCCCGCUCUUCGGGCCCCCGCUGGAGUCGGCCUUUGAGGAGGCCAAGCUGGAGGCUGCUCUGGACCAGCCUGAGAUAUGGGGGUCAGUCCAGCCCAUCAACACAAACGUAGAGUCCCCAAAACUUCCAAGACCUUUCCCAACUGGAACCCCUCCGCCGCUCCCCCCGAAGAACAUCCCGGCCACGCCGCCGCGCACCGGCUCCCCCCUGCCCCCGGCCAUCGGAGGGGACCAGGCAGCAGCAGCAGAGCCCAAACGGGACAAACUCCCGUCCAUCAAUGACUUGGACAGCAUUUUUGGCCCCGUGCCGUCCCCCAAAUCUGCUGCCGCCACGGCGGAAGACAAGUGGGUCAAUUUUUCCGAUCAGUCCCCGGAGAACGCGCCUCCGGAGCUGUCGCCCCGGGACAAGGCGGCGUCCCCGGCGGGCAGCCCGGCCCGCGCCCCGGCCGAGCCUCCCCGCCCGCUGCCCUCGCCGCUGCAGCUGGAAGACGCUCCCAAGAAGCUCCCCGAGCAGCCCCACGUUAAGGACGAUUCCGCCGAGCCCGUCGCCUCUCCCAAAGAUUUUGGGGCGGGCCAGAGAGGGACCCCGCCGCCCCCUCCGCCGCCCACGUACCGCGCCGUGGUGUCGUCGCCCGGGCCGGGCGCCAGCACGGGAAGCGCCAGCGGUUCCUCGUCCCCGGCCCGGCCCGGCACGCCGCUGGCCCCGUGUGGCACUCCCCCGCCGCCGCCGCCCCGGCCCCCGUCCCGGCCCAAGCUGCCCCCGGGCAAGCCCCCCGUCAGCGAUGUGUCCAGGCCUUUUAGCCCUCCCAUCCACUCCUCCAGCCCUCCUCCGAUAGCACCUUUAGCCCGUGCUGAAAGUACUUCUUCCAUUUCUUCCACCAAUUCCCUGAGUGCAGCCACCACUCCCACCGUUGAGAAUGAACAGCCUUCCCUCGUUUGGUUUGACAGAGGAAAGUUUUAUUUGACUUUCGAAGGCUCGUCACGGGGCCCCAGCCCCCUGACCAUGGGGGCACAGGACACCCUGCCCGUGGCCGCCGCCUUCACCGAAACCGUCAACGCGUACUUCAAAGGGGCUGACCCCAACAAGUGCAUCGUGAAGAUCACGGGGGAGAUGGUGCUGUCCUUCCCGGCGGGCAUCACCCGACACUUUGCCAACAACCCCGCCCCGGCCGUGCUCACCUUCCGUGUGCUCAACUUCAACCGGCUGGAGCACGUCCUGCCAAACCCCCAGCUGCUCUGCUGUGACAGCGUGCAGAGUGACUCCAACUCCAAGGAGUUCUGGGUCAACAUGCCAAAUCUGAUGACUCACCUAAAGAAGGUAUCGGAACAGAAACCUCAAGCCACCUAUUACAAUGUGGAUAUGCUCAAAUACCAGGUGUCUGCCCAGGGUAUUCAGUCUACUCCAUUAAACCUUGCAGUGAGCUGGCGGUGUGACCCUGCAAGCACUGACCUGCGCAUCGACUACAAAUACAAUACAGAGGCAAUGACCACGCCUGUAGCUCUAAACAACGUCCAGUUCCUCGUCCCCGUCGACGGAGGAGUAACCAAACUGCAAGCUGUGCUUCCUCCUGCUGUCUGGAAUGCUGAACAGCAAAGGAUAUUGUGGAAGAUCCCUGAUAUCUCCCAGAAGUCAGAAAAUGGAGGUGUGGGGUCGCUGCUGGCGCGGUUCCAGCUGUCCGAGGGGCCGAGCUCGCCGGCCCCGCUGGCCGUGCAGUUCACCAGCGAGGGCAGCACCCUGUCCAGCUGCGACAUCGAGCUGGUGGGCGCCGGCUACCGCUUCUCCCUCAUCAAGAAGAGGUUUGCGGCAGGUAAAUAUUUGGCGGAUAACUGAUGGAAGCUUAUGCAAGUCCAUGGAAAAUACUAUGGAAAAUACCCAAGGACUGCUGUGCGUGGAACGGGUUUUAAUUACAGUUUAAGGAAAAUGAACUAAAUCCUGAACUCGGGACAUUUCUGUUGGAAGUGUCGACAACUUUCAGCAUUUUUUUUCCUUGGAAAACACCGUCUUGACCAGUCCUCCAGUAUUUACUUCUAGAUGUAACAUUGUUAAUGGUUUUAAAAUGUAAUUAUUGUAUUUGUAAAUUGUACUCAUUCCAGUAAGGCUGUAUUUUGGCAGUUAGACACUUGAGUUUUAGCAUUUUACCAUUCAUGAAAUGGAUGUAAUUUAAACUGUGGUAUAUAAAUCUAAUAGUAGUACUGUUGAAUGGCACAAUGCUUACAGAGGUAGAUUGCAUUUUGUCAAUAUAUACAAUUUAAAUACGAUACUGGUAGCUGUUAUGAAGGGGGUGCCUCAUCAAAAGAGAGCUCAGUAGGGCCCACAGGCUGAUUUAGUUUUCCUUCAGUCCUUCGUACGUCUCACAGCAAUCAAUAAAAACCUUCAGGUUUACCUGGUUUAACUCCAGAAAGAUAUUCUUGGAAAGGUGGAGGUUCCUAGGACAGUCUCCCAGGAAGGAAAUCUCACUUCUGCAAGGAGUAUUGACUCCCAAUUUCCAGCUCUGUGUUCUCUUACAGCUGCAGAUUCCCUGUUGGAAUCCCAGCAGCUCUUCCCUGCCCCGUGCCCAGGUAUUUUGCAGGGAUACAGAUGAGGAAAGAAGCAGCAAAGAGGCUGGGUGGUCCCUCUGAGCUCCCAGCACUGGCACAAAAUGUCUCUGUUGGGAUCAAGGAUGUGUUUUCCAAGCUGCCUCCGGACAUUCGGCUGUGUUUUUAUGUUGCUUUCCCAGCUUUUUUCUGCCUUUCUCCCUCAUUUUUGAAAGCUCUACGGGUUUAGAAAAUGCUUUAAAGGAUUGCAGCCGCACCUGCUUCUCUGUUUUAGCACUGAGGCAGGGAAAUGUGUAUGGAAAAACACUGGGAAAGGAUUCCCCAGGGAGCAGGAGCAGCGUGGGGGCUGUUGGGAGCAGCCGGGGCAGGAGCCCAGCUCGCCAGCACUGGGAGCAGCUGUCUUGUAGAGAUGGGAAAACACAUGGAAGUGCUGAACUGGAGAAUGGGGCACAAAACAUUAUCCCUCUGUGUUUUCCCUGUCCCGCUGUGUGAGUGCUGCUCAUUCCUGUGGAUCUCAUCCCACUCCUGGCAGCACGGUGAGAGCGUUGGUGGCAUUCAUGUGCUGCAGCUGGGCCUGUGAAACAGGAGAAUUUGGCAAUUUUGGGAAGAAAAAUGAAGCAACCUGUGUGAAAUUAAACACAGAUGCACAGAGGAGCAUCCAUGAAUGGGGUGUUGGGACUCUGGGAAUGUGUAAGGUGACACAAACUGCUGGUUUUCCAGGUGUUGCCAGGGUUAGAGUGGUGAAUUUACACUGGAAGACAGCCUGGGCAUGUUGGGAAGUGCUUGCUCAUGGAGCAGUUUGAUGAAGGAAAACAGAGAUCUGUGCCCAUCAUGAGAGAAAAGAAGGAAAUGUGGGGAUAUUUCAGGUGUGAGGUGGCUCCCAGGCUGAGAUCUGGGGGGUGAACUCUGUGUGAGUUGACAGAAGGCAGCAGCAGGAAAGGAAAAGCACAAUUUGCUCCUGCAGCUUCCCACAUCCUCACAGAUUUUGGGAGUGCACUCCCCCGUGUUCCACUCCAUGAAUGAUUUUCCCCCUGAACUGGAAAUUUGUAUAAAGUGUGCAGCUCACCCCUUUCUGACACAGAAAUACAGGGGUAAACCCUAAAAUCAGGUUUAUGGUGUGUACAAUUGCUCCAAACCCAUCCUUCCAAAAGAGAUCUAUGGCAUAGACCUGGAAAAAAUGGAUUUAUAAUGUAAAUAUUACCAGAACAUAGAGAUUUUACUUUAUAUUUCAUUUGAAAGACAAGGUGUUUACAUUAGCAUUGGGUUUUUGAGUGCUUUUAAACAGAAAAACCCAUAACCCAAAGCUCCCAAGCUCACCCUGUUUGAGCUGGUGAACAAAACAGAGGUCGGUCACUUUGUGGGGACAGAGCACUCACGGCCUGGAGAGAGAGAUGGGAACAGCCUGGGACAUUUUGCCCUAUUUUUGGGACAUGUGGGAUGCGCCAGCACUGCCAGCCCCACAGGGACACAGCUCCAGGCACUGGCAGGUGACACCAGCCCUGUGACACUGGGAACAAAAGCAGCGAUUUGGGACAGGUUUUUCCACACUGCUCUUCCCGGUUUUUGGCACAGGGUUUUCUCAGAGUGCCCUGGGGUUUGUUGGGAGCUUGGUGAGAGCAGCUGGCUCCAGAGAGGGACUUGUAGUGCUCAGGGCAUUCAAGCUCUGCAGGCUUCACCUCGGCUUUUAGGAAGGAAA